GUCAAAUUCAAAUUGAAGUUGUCGAAGUCGUGGUCGUUGGGGCACGGGUCCAAGCGGUCCAAGGCACGGGUCAAGGUACGGGUGUACGCAUAGGGCGCUCCGGUCCUAAGCAGCACAAGCAAGCAAAAAGAAAGAGACGCUGAGGUGGGAUACGUCCUCCUCGGGUGUUUCUCAUUCUCUGUAUCAGUAUCAGUAUCAGUACGCGGUAGGUGGGUACCUAUUGCGGUAAAUUCACUCCAGUCUCCAAUAAUACCUUGAUACUACCUAUGCAGCUUUCUGUUUUCUGUUUUCGGUGUCUUCACCACCCUGUACAUUCCCAUACGGCGCACCUACACUGGGUUAGAAUUGGCAUAGACCAAGCUUAUUUUUUUAAAAAAUGAAUUCAGCUCUGAUGUUUGAAUGGACGGAUUGACAGAGCUGGAGCCGGCCUGACUAAGCAGAUUGUGUGGACCCCAGAUCACUACUGUCCGAUCACGCAAUUUUGGGUAAUGUUGGAAUUUAGAUGCCAAAUUCAGCUAAAUGUGCACUUCAAAGCUGGACACUGCCUGUCCUACUCAACUGACUUCAACCAAUUGCAGCUGCUCCCACCAAUUGCAGACCAUCCCCGUCAUGAUUUUGAUUUGUUCCUUUGAUGAAUGAACAACUCAGCUCAAAGGCAUAGGUACUGGGCUGGGUAGGUAUACUCUUCAUUUCUAUUUACAGUGAUCACCUGGAAUCUGUACCUUUGGUAGGUCCCUGCACUGCGAUUCAGCAGCCUGGGCUGGCUGUGAUGAUUCCGAACCACCUGGUGCUGCUGCUGGGCCUGCUGUCCACCCACGCUCGACCUGGCCAUGCGGGUAUGAUGGGCUGGCUGUUUGCUGGCGACCCUCCCGAGCCAACCGCUGCCACUGCGGCCAUGGUCGGAGAGGAUGGAGCGCGGCAGGUGCCGUUUGAGGUCCGCUCAGCUGAUGACAAGUUCCUAGCUGCUGUGAAGAAAACCUCCGAACUGGAACUCUCUGAGCUGGAUGUCUGUCAGCACAAGAUUUUCGUAUCAUUGCGUCAGUCCUGCAGCGAGCUCUCUGAAGAAGACAUGGCGAAAGUGGCCGUACAGCUGCUGAACUGCCAGUCUGAGUCGGAGGCCAGGCCAGUGUUCCCCUGCACAAUGGAUAUGCCGAUUGCCGCCUGCACGCGUCACAUGGACGCUAACACCUGGAACGCCUACCACAUCGUAUCGAACCGCGCCCGCGCCGUGUGCUACGCGGCUCGCCAGCAGCAGUUCCGUGCCUCCACCGAGCUGGCCGUCAACAGGCUGGCCGGCGAGGCGUUCCGGCAGCUGGAGCGGAUGCGCGAUCUGGAGGGCUCGCAGGAGGAGCUGCGGCGGCUCACUGGCGACACGAUGGAGCGUGUGGCGCGCGGUCAGCAGGAGCUGCUCUCCCGCAACGACCAGCUGCGCGCCGCCCAGGCCAGUGUGCGCUCGCGCGUGGUGGAGAACCUGCGCGAGCUGUCGCGCGUCCGCUCGGCGAUCGGGGUCGGCCAGGCGGGUGUGGCGCACACGUUGGAGGAGAUCCGCGCCGGUCUGGAGAGCGCCGGUGCCGAGCUGAAGCUGCAGGAGUCGGCGCGGAACCGCUCCCACCAGCAGCUGACGGCGGAUCUGGAGCGGAUUCACGGCAGCGCCACGCAGCUGCUGCACAGACUCGAGAGUGUUGACGGCGCCACGCGCUCGGUGGUGGUGCGGUUCGACGCGCUGCUGGCCAGCCUGGAGCGGAUGAACGGCACCAUCUUCUCGCUGCUGGCCACCCUGGAGACCACCCAGCGCCAGGUGGACCACAAACUCGGCUGGCUGGUGGAGCUGCUCGGCAGUGACCUGCACCGCGCCACGGGCGUGUUUCUGCACGUCGGCUUCCUGCUGCUGGGGAUGCUGCUGCUGUCGUUUCUGCAGGCGCCUUACGCCGUGCGCCUGGCCCUGCUGCUCGUGGUGCCGGCCAACCUGGUCUCACUGCUGCAGGCCGGACCCGUGCUCGAGUUUUCGGCCAUCACCACGCUGCUCGUCUCACUGGCCGUCGGCCACGGCCUGACCUGCUGGCUGCUGGGCUGGUUCCGGGCGGAGCCGGUCUCGCAGAGGGCGCCACUGCCUCUGAGGCCUCCGUCCGCACAGCAGAAGGGCUGCAGCGCAGAGGUGGACAGGGCUGCCGAGCUGUCGCGUGCCUCAACGAGAGACGCUCUGCUGUCCUCUGACUCUGAGGGGGAGGAGCGGCCUGCGCCAGCCGUCUCUCGCAGUGGCAGUCUGCUGUCCGGCCUGGCGGCAGCGGUCUCCCGGAGCCAGCGACCGACCGAGGGCAAGCUGGACCGUUCGUCGCCGCUGCGCCAGCGACUGCCGCGUCUGCCCGAACAGGAUAUUAUGCCGCCGCCGCGGAGCCCCCUCCUGAACCUGUCUGCCGCAACCGCCGGGCCCGAGUCGCCCCUGAACAGCACCCUGAACAGCACACUGAACGGCAGCCGGCUCCGGCGGGCCGGCAUCGGAUUGUCACCGAGCUCCGGCGACCGGCCGUGGUGCGCAGCCACCUGCCGCAGUGGUCUGCCGUGCCGGAACCCCGCCAGCCACCUGUCCCCCUUCUGCGGCGUGCACGCCAGGGGUUACUCGCGCGAGAGCACCCCCGUGGCCAGGGACAGUGGCUGAGCGGGGCGCGACCGGCCGGGAUCCAACCACGGGAUCCAACGCACGGCGGGAGAGCAAGGCACAUUGCACAUCUAACAAGCACUGUGAGUUGAAGGAGGAAGAGUCUACAGUCAACAGAGGAGAAACUGUGAGAGAAGCUGCAUGUAAAGACUAGCUGGGCUUUCCUCAACUCGGUUCUUUUUAUGCAAGGAAAGCUAUCAAAUCUGGAAAGUGCGGCUGUUUUUAAACGGAGCGCCAUAUCUAGUUGACAGCCACGUUCCUGCAGUGAUCAGGUUUAUCAUAGAGAGCAGAGGAUCGGGGCGCUGUCAAAUAAAUGCAAAGACAUUGUGAAUCGUGGAGCGUCGAUUUAACGUCGAAUAACUCUGGUGACGCGGUGAAUCGUGUACGGGAAGGGUAUUCGGCCGGUUCGAAUGGCCACAGAUCAGCUGUACCAGUGUCUUCCAUCCCAGCUCGGCCAGGAGACGCCAAAUGACGUAUUGUGCGCCAGUCAGGCGGAUAUUCUGUCAGUUUUAGCGCUCGUCUACAUCGGCCAGAUAACGCCAAAGGAAUCGCUGUCUGCAUAUCAGACUCGGCUGUAACUGCUGGGUCCUUUCAGUCUGUAACGGCCUCCAAAGGAUAGGCGGGUAUAUAGGGCCUUGGAUGGGCGGCACGAUGUUUCUGAGCAUGAGAACAAUGUAUGGCUUUCGGUACGGUAGUCGGUAACACUACGUCACGUGGCUUGAUGAAUGAUGAUCCGGUCAUUCCAGUGGCAUUCCGCUUACUGUGCUUCUAACAAUUCAAUGAAUGCAUGUUUUUUUACUGGUAUAUUUUUUAUACACAUCUUUUCACUGCGGACUCGAGGGAGGAACGCCUUUUCUACUGGAAUGGACAUGGUUAGAGUCAGACCGUUGUGAUUUGAAUUUCGCGGUAAUUUCAGGUGAUGUGGUGAUGGGUGAACUGAAGCGCGAUUGUAGUGCCUGACAUCUGCUCCAUGUAUAUUUUAUAUAAGCUUUGGGGUACCACUUGGCACUUAGCAUAAUACUCGAUCAACAUUCACAUUUUCACAUGUUUUGGCGAGGUGCGUCGUAGUUGAUUGAUGGACAUCGCUGUCGUUUUAUACUUCCAUGUUUUAGUGCUGGUGUGAUGAAUAAUAGAUUGGGAAUGGGUACCUAUAAGCUAGACAAGGCCUGUGAUAGGUGUGAAAGUGGUGUGAACGAUGAGGAGAGUCGGUACGACCGUACUGGUCGCUGCAGUCAGGUUCUUUGAAACGGUUAACAAUAAAUAAGUGCAGAAAAGA